AUAGGUGCUGGUGUAUAUAAGAGGACCACAGGCUGACACUGAGAAAGAAGAAGCGAAGGUCAUUCCUCAGCUGGUUUGUUCUCAUCUCUUUGCCCUCUUCAACAUCUACCAGGAUGCUGACUGUGUCUCUUCUUGUUUGUGCCGUGAUGGCUCUGGCCAGUGCUGAUGACAACAGCACCACAUCUAUAGUAGAUGUCAGUGUUGCAGAGGACAACAGCACCACAUCUUUAGAUGUCAAUGCUGCAGAGGACAACAGCACCACAUCUUUAGAUGUCAAUGCUGCAGAGGACGACAGCACCACAUCUAAAAAAGAAGAAGUGGCUCCCUCCUGUGAAAUUGGUUGGUCUGAGUUCAAUGGUCGCUGUUUCCUGUUCGUGUCAACAGAGAUGAGUUGGGCUGAUGCUGAGAAAAACUGUCUGCACAAGAAAGGACACCUUGCAUCGGUCCACAACGAGGAGGAGUACAAACACAUUCAGGCUGUGGUGAAUGCACACACCGGAGGUCAUCCAACAACAUGGGUUGGAGGCUCUGACUGUCAAAAGGAGGGUAUCUGGCUCUGGAGUGACGGCAGCGGUUUUGAAUUUGACUCCUGGUGUGAAGGACAACCAGACAAUUAUGUUGGUGCCGAGUCUUGUUUACAGAUUAAUGCUAACGAGAGCCAUUGCUGGAAUGACUUCCCGUGUUCAACUGUCCUCCCAUCAGUCUGUGCCAGCGUCCCUCAAAGCUCCUGAGCCGAGUGUCAUGUACCUACCAAACACACAAACAUGGUUGGAUGAGAGAGUCUUUGUGUAAUCGGUCUCAUGUGUAAUCACAUCUUUGAUUCUCUGCUGUAACGCUACUGAAGGGACGAAGCGACAAGUGACGUGAAUGGGAGCUGGAGCUCCUCUCUGAGAAGACUGAAUGUGUAAUGAAGAGAACGCUUUAAGCAACAAUCUUAUUAAAAACUGGAGUACUGAAACAAA